AUGGUAUUUGCUACAUCAAAGCAAGAGGCUAUGGCUACGGCGACCACAACAACAACAAGAGCAAGUACAGACGAACUGUCAACAGAUACCGCAAUAUAUUCGACGGGAAGUAAUAACAACAAUAUUAAUAAUGGUUCUAAUAACAGUAACAGUUCUAACGAUGGGGAACAUCAACAACAUGAGAGAUACGAAUGUCCUCAUCCCGAUUGUAACAAGAGUUUUUCAAGACAAGAGCAUUUAGGUAGACAUAAAUUAAAUCAUUGGCCUAAAGAGAUCUUUACGUGUCAAUAUACAUUCCCAGAAACUGGAGUUUCUUGUGGUAAGACAUUUGUUAGAAAGGAUUUAUUAGUAAGACAUGAAAAGAGACAUACUAAAGAAAAGAAUAGGUUGCAUGGUAAAGAAAAAAGUAAAGAUAAUGCAAAGACAAUCUCCGAAAUUAGUAAUAGUGCAAAUAAUAGCCCAAAGAAAGUUACUAAGAGGAAAACUAAGAAAAAUAUUGUAUCAGUAACUGUUCCGGAUGCAACGGCAGUUCCUGUACCAAAAAGGAAAAGAACUAAGAAAACUACUGUGAAGAUAGAUAGAUCUGCUUCUGUUCCUAUUACCAUAACUCAGAAUCCAAUUAUUACUAAUACUACUGAAAAUUCUAUACGUGAUAAUCUAUCACAAAAAUUUAAUUCAAGAAGUUCAGUCGCAAUGACAAACCUCAAUAAUGGUUCUAAUGAUGUAACAAAUAAUAGUAUGGGUAAUAUUGGUACGUCUUUCUAUUCAAACACUAACAAUGGUAGUAGCUCUAACUUUUUCGAUUGGUUAUGGGCACCGGAUACAAAAACUAAAAUUAACAUGAAUUUGAUAAAUGGAAAUAGUAAUAAUAAUAAUAAUAAUAAUAAUAAUAACAGUGGGAAUAACAUUCAAGGCAAUAAUGUAAAUAAUAGUAAUAGUAUGCCAAAUGUUAAUGUAGGUAUUCCCCAACAACAGCAGUUACCAAUGCAACAACAACCUAUACAGCAACCUAUUCCAUCUCAGAUGUCUCAUCAGAUGCCACACUACCAGCUUCAACAAAUGCAAAUGCAGCAACAGCAACAGCAACAGCAACAGCAGCAAAACCAGAUGCAACCACCUCAAUAUCAACAACAUCAACAGCAGCAGCAACAUUAUCCAUCCCAACAGGUACAACAAACGCCUCAACAAAUGUCUCAACAAAUAGGAAGUCAAGGGACAACUCCGUUUGGUAAUCCGAUGACAAAUCCAAUGGGAACACCACAAGAUUUAUUUGGAGUAGAUUAUUUGAACCCUGAUCCUUUACAACAUUUCAUGCGUGAGAUCAACUCGUCUAUAUUCCCAUUUACAUCCACUAAUGAUGAAUCUACUGCUGCAAAUAAUAACAAUAAUGAAAACGUUAACAAUAAUAGUGUGGGAGAUAGUAUAAGCGCUAAUGUGUCGCCCACAAAUAUGACAUCACCUGAUAGGAAAUUGUCUAGUACUGAAAUACCGCAUGGUAGAAUCAAUAAUGUCACGAAUAAUUUUAAAGUAACCCAAUCUUUGUCUGAUUUACAACGUCAUUCCUCAGAGCCAGGAUUGUACUCUAAGAUUAGCCAAGAUGAUACCAGGCGUCAAAGUUCAUCAAUAGAUGUUUCAAAGGAUAAUACAAAAGUUGUUCCACAAGCAAAAUUGAGAUAUUUUGAUACUCGUGGUGAAGAUGUAAUUGACAAUUUAGGAAAACAGAAGUCAAAUAUCAAUGACAUGAGAAGACAAACCUCUUCACCUGGUAGUAAUAGUACAGAAACCCAACAAAGCCGUCCUUUAGAUAUCGAUGCAAAAAUUGAUGAUGUUAUGGAUUCAUAUAAAGAACAAUUAAAAUCAUCCUUAAAUGCGAUCCCUUCUUUAUUUUCAUCUGAUCCUAAAACUAAAUAUGCAUUGUCAGAGGCUAAAUGUAUGGCUUUGUUUCAACAUAUCCCUGAUAUAAAAUCUAUCCCUCAAAGAGUUCUGCAAAUUACUUUGAAAUCAUUUUGGGAUAAUUUUCAACCAAAAUACGGUUUAUUACAUAAACCUUCCUUUCAAGUUAAUAAUGAACCAGAUAUUUUAAUUCUAUCUCUAAUUAUGACGGGUGCUAGUUAUUUAGGCCCUCAAUAUAGAGAAACAAUUUCUGAUCCAAUAUGUGGUCCCUUAAGAUGGAUGAUCUUUUCUCAUCCUGAUUUUCAACCACCUUCUCAUACUUAUAUUAUUCAAGCAUUAUUACUGCUAGAGAAUUAUGAAAAGACAUGCACGAACAGAUAUUUACAUGAAAGAUCUUACUUACAUCAUGGUACUACUAUGCAAUUAUUAAGAAGAACUCCGUCAUUAGGUGGUCAUCCAUUGAGGGAUAAAAAGAGGCAUAAUCAUACUGAUGAAGGUUCACAUUUAGAUGAUUUCUUAAGUGAAGAAAAGAUUAAAAAUGUGGUAACUAGGUGGGUUGAAUUUGAGAGUUUGAAAAGGGUAGCAUUUUUUGCAUUUUAUAUGGAUGUAACUCACGCUGUUAUCUUUGGUUAUAUGAAUUUAUUUAUUAGUUUUAAGCAAGUACAUUUAGAGUUACCAUGUCCAGAUGAAUUAUGGUCAAGUUACGAUUUAAGUUUUGAGAAAUUAUCUGAAUUUGGAUUCUUUGGAGAUGGUACAUCAAAUUACAAGAAUAUUACAUUUUUAUCCGCUUUAAAAUAUUUAAUUAGAGAUGUUUUGAAAAAAUUGGAUAAUAAAGAAGUAGUUGAUACAUCUACAAAUGGUAAAAAUGGUAGCGUCACUGGUAAUGAUGAUGAUAAUGAAAUGAGUAUAUUAUUUGAUAAUGGUAAUCAAAGUGUCUUCGGAAAGAAAAUUUUAUUAGCAGGGAUCCUAUCAAUGAUGUUUCAAUGUCAAGAAGAAGCCUUUGAUCCGUUAAUUGGUGUUGGUGCAUUUAUAAAAGGGAUUGGCGAAGAGAUUACUAAGACAAUGACAUGGAGAGAAGUGAUGGCAUUUGCUAUUAAUUAUUGGUUUUGUGAAAUCCAGCAAAGUUGUAAUGAGACUAUUAAUUGUUUAACACAUGAUAACACUAUUGAUGAAGAUGACGAAUUUGCUAAUGAACCAAUCUUACAAGUUUGCGAUUGGAAUCGUAAUGAAUUAGAUUGUAAGUUACCUGUAUAUCAUAUGUCUCAAGUGAUAUUAAGAAUAUUUCAUCAUGAUUAUUAUAUUUUUGCAGGUGUUCCUUGGCGUAUGAAUGUUAGGGUUGGGGAAACUGAAUUUGAUUCAGUGUAUCAAAAGAUUUUAAAUUUUGCACAAGAUAAAUAUAAUGGUGGUGUUACAUUAAUUUAUGCUUAUCAAUUUUUAUUCCAAAUGUUUAUUCGUGUAGAUAAAGAUGAUCCAACAAAGAUUACUGUUGAUCAUAGUUAUGAUCUAAAUACUGAUAUUUACAUGACUCGUCCAAAUACUUUGGCAUUAGUAACAUUAUUAAUUUGGAGUUUAAAUUUCGUCUUAUACGGACCUGAGGUUAAUAUUUGGGAUAAUGGUUUAAAUCAACGUCAUAGUAUUUCAUCAUGUUAUUCUAGUGAUAGUGAUCCAAAAGUUGCAUUACGUAACGAAUUCAAUCAACAUUUGAAACAAAAAUAUGCACCAGUUGAGUCAUUUGAUGACUAUUUAAUUCGUAUGUACAAACUUUUGUACAUCCGUGAUGAUCAGGAUGUAAUUUCUUUCCAUAAUGAAAUUUUCCAAAAGGCAAAUUUGGUACCAGCUAUUCCAAGAAAACAAAAUAUGUGUGGAUUUUUAAUGCAUAUUAUUGCAAUCUUCUCUACCAGUUAUUGGGAUCUAGGUAAAGAAUUCAACCGUCUUCUUGAGAACUGCUUGGAGAGAUCCUUAGGUAAAUCAUCUCAUACUUGUUAUAACAUGUAUGACGUCUGA